GCCUCAUCACUCCUUAUAUCAAAAUAAAUUACACAUGAUUAAAUAUUUUAAGAUAAAAAGCCAUUAAAAUGUUAGAAUACAUAGGUAGAUUUUGUUUCUAAUAAUUUUGUAGUGGAAAGGUCUUUCUAAGUUUGAUAUCAAAAAGCAUAAAAAUGGCAAUUGGUUUUUCCAGUGGCAGGGUCAGCUCCAUGUCUGGCCGUGAAAGUGGCAAGAAAAAGCUCCUGAAACAGCCUAAGAAGCAGGCCAAGAAGAUGGAUGAGGAAAAUAAGGCAGUCAAACAGAAAGAAAAAGAGGAGCAGAAGAAGCUCAAGGAACUAAAAGUGAAGGCCGAGAGGAAGGGCCCCCUCGCCACAGGUGGAAUUAAGAAAUCUGGCAAAAAGUAAGCUGUUCCUUGUGCCUGAGAUGAUGAUGACCCUUGAUUCCUAUUUAAACGUUGUCUAUAUUCCUGCCAUAACAUCUUUUGCCACCUACAGCUAAAAUGAAGUGUUGUCUUAGAGCAUAUUGUACAUUUAAGAAUAAACUUUCGUAAAAAAAA